CAAAGGCCUGGAUGAUCCAAAGGAUGAUUUGUUGUCAUCGUCAGAAAGAGUCGGUGAAUUCAUUUAGAUCCGCUUAGCUAAUUCCGCUAGAAAAAGCCAAAGCGUAUCUCUGAAUGUUGAUAGUUAAAAGGCCGACACCGGAUUAUGCAGAAAUAUGAAAAACUGGAAAAGAUCGGCGAAGGUAUACCUUCGACAUUUACUGCUUUUUGCGCAUGAAUUCAUCUAGAGUGCCGUUUUACAAAAUUUCCUUUGCGAUCUCACUGCGCGGGAAAUGUAUUCAUUUCAUUGUCAUAACGUUCUGCAGGUACUUAUGGAACCGUUUUCAAAGCAAAACACAAAGAAACGCACGAGAUAGUGGCGCUGAAGCGAGUAAGGCUUGACGAAGACGAUGAGGUAAAUUAUUUAGAAUGUUGAAGGUUGUAUUUUGUGCUUUCCUCGCUCCAACAGUGAUCACCCGGGGAAAUCCAAUGUGUCCAUUUUAUUAUUUAUUAGUUAGAUGAGCAUAUCAAGAAAUGCUUAUGCUUUUUGUUAGGCUGGAAACUGUUCCUACAAAGAAAACCGAAAGCAAUUUCAUGAAAUGAGUGUUCGGAAUAAUCAUAACAAAUACCUUGCUAAUUGCAGUAUUUUAUACGCCGUACUGUUGUCUAAAAGUUUAUUCCCGUGAAAUCUUAUAAUUUCCGAAAUCGUCAUAAUUUGAUUUUUUGACUAAUAGCCGCGCCAGCGAAUAAUAAAUGCUCUCUUAUGGAAUGUGAAAAUAAACAUAUGCCGUGAGCUAAGAUCAAUUCCGUAUACAGUACAAUUGACUCUAACAAUUGUUUCACUUGUGAAAAUCCAAGGACAAUUAUCCAUAAUGUUUUACUUUUUCUUCUUCUGAGUAUCUUAUUGCAACCUUCAUAUGCCCUAAAUAUCCAAGGCUUUUUACUGUAUUACUUAAAUGUAGAUAUAUUUUUAAUUGUAAAACAUGUCAGCUGUAUUUUUACAAAGAAGCAUAUGGUUCCAAGAGUCCACUUUUUAAAAAACAAAGUUCAAGAAUCAUUUAUAACUUCCAUUUGUUGGAACAAUUUUGUUUCUGUGUUCUUCAAUUCAAGGGUAUCCCCAGCUCAGCUCUGAGAGAAAUUUGCAUUCUGAAGGAAUUGAAGCACAAGAAUAUCGUUAGGUAAGUAAAUUAUUGUAAGACUGUAUAUUUGCCUAUAUUGAAGAUAUGUGAUUAACAGCUUAUAAAAAGAAGUAGCACUUUCCUAUCAGUUGUUUGCCUUAAAUUACUGUUGAAACCACAACUUCUGGUAUGUGAAAUCUCUAAGACCAAGUCUUAUAUCUAGAUGUAUGGCAACUUUUAUGAGUUAUGUGCCUAAGUCAGAGGUUCAGAGUGAAUUUCCCUGCUAAAUCUCUUAGAUAAAUGUUAAUUUGGAUAUUGUUUCAAUAGAAGAUGCAAAAUCAGGUAAAUUUGAUCUCACUGUAAAGAAAUAAGUUUGAGAUCCAGCAAUGAUUCACAUCCUAAUGGUUGCACACACGCCAAUAUUUAAAAAUCCAUACUGUAUUUUCAGUCUUAAGAUCUCAAAAUCAAUUCACAUCCUGUCUGCCAUACAUUAUUUUAAUAUAAUUUUAGCUAUGAGGAUUUGGUGUUAAAUUAAACCAGUCCUUCUAGUUUCUUGUCAUCACCUUUCUUCUGGAAAAGGUAUCAUGAAGUUGUGAAAAGAGAAAAUAUUCUGAUAGCUUUUAAUUUUUAGUUUUAGUGAUUGUUCAUAUUCCCUUUACACCCUAAGAGUGAUUAGCAUCAAAAUUCUCCCUACAAUAUCACUCCCGAAUCACAUAUUUAAGGUCAUGAGAAUAAAGGAAAUGGUCACCAAGGAAAGAAGCUUUUGAUUGGGAAAUAAAUUCUCCUUGACAGCACCGUGGGAAAUGUAUAAAGAGCAGUUUAGAGAAUAUGCAUACUGACAUUGGGGUGUAAAGGGUUAUAGAAAACUUGACAUGUUUAUCCUAUCCUUGUUAGGCUACAUGAUGUAAUGCAUAGUGAACGAAGGCUGACAUUGGUAUUUGAGUACUGUGAUCAGGUAAGAAUGAAUUUAUCAAUCUUACUUAAAGUUUACAUAACUUUGUGUGUUUUGGAUUAUGAUAGAUCAAAUACAUUUUGUUUUUGCCUAGAUGUAUUAUUGGUCUAAACUUACCCCAUUUCCAAACCUUACAUCCACUACUGACAAUAAGUAUUAGAUGUUUGAAAUUUAAUUCAUGACUGGAGAGAAUUUUUUGCUUGUUACAGAAGAAAUGAAAUAUUUAUUUGGUUAUAAACUCACACCAGAAAACACUCAAGCGAAAACUUCCUAUGCAGCAAGUAGUAAGCUGUUCAUAAACAUUUUUCAUGCCCAUUGAAAAAUAUUUAAAGGAUUAUGAACACAAUAGAGAAAAAACAUGCAUGCAAAUUUGUCCUUGGAUAUUAUCUGUUCCUCAAAGCUCACAGUUUUCCUUGAGCUUUGCCCUUGGAAAACUGUGGAACAGGUAAAGUCAGUGGAAAAAUAUCCAUGCAUAUGUUUGCUACAAAUAGAGGCUAUUGUUUAUUAAUUUUAUGAUCUUCAUGAUGUCAGGCAUUUGUCAUCUUUAAUGCAGUUUGCUAGUAAGCAUCAGACCCAUGUUUUUUCAGUCUUUUGGCUAAAUAACAGCAAUGUCAAACCAAAAGUCAAGUCAUGUUUACCCCUUGAAACACCUUUUGAAAGAAAACCAUUCAUGACUAUUUUUGGACACUGAAGACUCUCAUUAUCAAUUGAUCAAAUCAAAUCACAUGUAAUUCUAUUUCUGGCCUUAAUUUAAUUUGUGAUAUAAUUAUGUUCUUGUUUCAUUGUAUGUAGUUGCUUUGCCUCUGUGAUGAUGAAGACUGUACUGUCAAAAUUACAAUAUUUCUUUCAGGAUCUCAAAAAAUACUUUGACAGCUGUCAGGGCGAUGUUGACACAGCUGUUGUCAAGGUGUAUAUUGAAAUAAUGUUAUUCUAUGAAUCUUCCUUCAUCUGAGAAUAAAAGAUGGAAUUUAAAAGUUUGAAGCUUUUUCCUUAUCAAAGUGUUUUGAGCACUUUUCCAAGAACACAUUAGGGCCAGUACACAUAUACACUGUGAAUCAGUUUUACCAGAAAGAACUCAGUAAAGAUACCAUUUGUUGAUCAAACACUUCACUUACACAUUUGUGUAACUUUACUCAGUAGUUAGCUGAUGAUGUACAUGUUCUAUUAAAUCCACUUUGUCUAAUUUCACCUUUUUUUAUCUAAUUCUGUUAGAAUCCUGACAAAUUUUUUUUUUCAUAUCAUGGUUGCAAAAUAACCAAGAUAAUUAUGCAGAGCAACUGUGCCUUGUCAACCCAGCAUAAUCUAUCAGAACUUGUUUGUAAAUACCGGAAAAAAAGCAAAUGAAGUAUGAUUAGCAUAUUUUUUCUUGAAAACAUGCUGAAAAUUAAACAGCAAUGCUUUGCAUCAAGGGUAUAAAGGACAAGAAAUGAAGUUAGUGGGAACGAUUUCAUUUAUUUAUUUUUUUUAAUAUUUUCCCAGUCAUUCAUGUAUCAGCUUUUAAAGGGCCUGGCCUUCUGUCACAGUUGCAAUGUACUCCACAGGGAUCUGAAGCCUCAAAACCUCCUCAUUAAUAAGGUAUGACCCAACAUAGCAUUGUAAAAUAUAAUUUUAUCCUUUUUUCUUAAUCAUUCUGUUAAAUGAAACCAGCUCAGGUAAAAGGAGCUUCAUGUGUUAUUUGUGACCAUUUUCUUUCGACUGGCAAUUUUUGCCUUCAGCUCAGGGGGUUUGGUGAGACAGAGAAAUGCCAAAGAGGCUAAGGUGAAGGGGAAAGGAAUUGUGAACAACUGAAUAAAAAAAUUGAGAAAUAACACUAACUUUAUCAAGACACACAUUUUACAUCUUCAAGUGGCAUGUGGAGAAGAAUUUCCAUGCCCUUCAGGACUCAUUUUUAAUGGAAACUAUGAGUAGAGCCUUAAUUUGCAUGGAACCAACACCUGCUGGAAUAUUUCAUAAUUCUCCUUACAAUUUACCAUUCUAUUCUUAUGAUAUAAGUUCAGAGAAUUUGGUAUUGAUCAAAUGUUCAUUCUCAUAAUUGAUAAUUUUAACUAUUCUCAUCACUUGCCUGCUGGAUAUUGUAAGGAGAAAUUCUGUCUUGGUCACUCAUAAGAGUGAAAGGUUUAAGCCAGUAAAGCUGAUAUGAAGUGUCUUCCAAGCCUUCAUUACAUGAUGGCUAUAUUAUGUUUCCACUUAAUGUGAAACCAAGUUUGUAAGUGUGUCUGUCUGGCUGCCUAUGAUGUCUGUGAGGUUGAUGUUGAUCUUGCCACUUUUUUUGCCCAUAGGAUGGUGAACUCAAGCUUGCAGACUUUGGUCUUGCCAGAGCUUUUGGCAUUCCUGUCCGUUGUUACUCAGCAGAGGUAAUUUUAUGUGAAUUUCAUUGCUGUGGAUAAUCCUCAGUCCACUCAUGCAGUGUCUCUGUAUUUCUUUGUGGUCAGGUGGUAACAUUAUGGUACCGUCCUCCAGAUGUCCUCAUGGGGGCAAAGCUUUACUCCACAUCCAUAGACAUGUGGUCUGCUGGCUGUAUUUUUGCAGGUCAGAUUUGAGUUGUGUUGCUUUUCUAGGUGAUACAUGUCCUGUUAAAAUGUAUGAAUGUUUUACAUUACAAUGUUUUCUUGCAAUCAAACAGUUAACCCUUUCACUCCAAGAUCUCAUUAGUAAUUCUCCUCAUUGUCUGCUAUACAAUUUCCAAGAUGUUAGUACAGAGAAUUUGGUAUUGGAUCAACCAAUAAUCCCUCAAUCAACAUUUUUCUUUAUUCUUGUCACCAGCUGUCUGCUUGGUAUUGUAUUGAUACUGUGAGGAAGAAAUCUUUCUUAGUCACUCGUAUGAGUUGAAGAGUUUAAAAAAAUAUAUUAUUUUAACCCUUGAAAACGUUAUUGUUGUUAUGGUUAUUUUCACUCUAGUUCUAGUUUUCCUUUGUUUUUGAUUAUGGUUAGUAACAGAUACGAGACAAAGAAAAAUCAAACGAGUUUGAUAAAUUUAAAACUAGGGGAAAAUGUUCGUCAUUGUAUGCCAAGGAGACCAUGAAGCUGCUAGAUUUGAUCUUUCUUAUUCCAAACUAAAAUUAUUAGUGUUAAAAGUUAUUUUUAGAAUCAAGGUAUACGUUCUCUCGUCAAUGAUGUUACAUACGGCUCUCAAUUUCAAUUGCUUUUGUGAAUAAUCUUCAUGGAGAACGAGUAAAACUGCGUGCGAUGUCAGCGUGUAUAACAUUCCGAUACCCUGUUGGUUAUCACAAGUUACUCCUGAGAUCUACGUUAACGGAAGUUAUCCAAAACAGCUGAAGAGAAAUUGUUGCAAGAAUACGGCCUAGAGCAAUUUACAGUGUGUGUCGAAAGCAAUCCGAGAUUGCAAUGGUUUACCUGACUUCGCUGUAUGAUUGGUCUAGAAAACUCGCGCCACUCUCUUAACCAAUCAAACUUAAAACUGAAACCAAACGUAGCUUGGUCACUCGCGUUUUCCCGCGCUUUAGACAGUUUGCUUGAUUUUUUUUUCUUUGAGUUCUCAUUGGCUCUUAAUGACAUUUUCCCCACCCUGAUUGGCGUUGUGAUAACUUUGUUUUUGGUCCAACAACAUCCAAUCGAGUCGUGUGAAGUCUCUUGUCGUUAUCAUCUCUUGUUCGUACCUGACUGAUCGCUUAUCAGCGACUGAGACCGUUUUAAGCAAAAGUGUCACAUAGUGAAUUUGUCUCAAGCUAUAUUCUCAUUCCUCUACAGAAAUGGCCAACGGGGGCAGACCUCUCUUUCCUGGAAACGAUGUCGAUGAUCAACUGCGACGUAUUUUUAAGUAUCCUUUGAUUUAGUGUUACUGUGAGAACUGUUUUCCUUUUUUAUUUUUUCUUCUUUUUUUUUUAGGGGGGAGAGUAGGGUAUUUCAUUACCAUCUCUCUUAUACCACGUUCACACCGUCAAAACAUGUCUAAUUGAACAAAGUUUAAUGAAACUAUGUUUAAUUAAACAUGGUUAACUGAUCAACCCGUUCACACCGAGCAACAAGAGCUGGCAACAAUGCAGCCUCAUGUUCAUGCUCAGCCUCGCGUUCGUGUAAUUGUAAUUGACGUAAAAUGUUACAACAUCAUACAGCAAUAACAUGUAAAAUGUAAACAAAAUAGCGGAUGGGCGAAAUAUUGUACUUUUGUUUUGGAAAACACGGAGAGACGAAAGCCGAAAAAUCGCGGAAAAUCGCGCAAAGCUUGCCAGGAGACGACUCUACCGAUACCUCCGCCGCAGAUGUCUUGUGUCAUCUGUAUUUUUAUUGUUGUUGACGCGGCAACUAUUUCGAUGCGCCCCAAGUUUACCUCGAGUUUGGAGAAAAAGCAGGUCUCAAUCCUUUUGGGAGGAGACCUGCCAAGGCUGGAGCGAUGAUGAUUGGGUAGAGAACUUAGGAUUAGGCGCUUAUCAGAGUGUGAAUUCGUGUCUGGCAGCUGCUGUCGUCUCUGUCUUCAUAGCCUGCAGCUCGAAGAUAUGCCGCAAUUUCUAGCCAUGUAGGUUUUUUUCUUGUGCAUGAUUUUAGCUGUAGCCGGAUAUUCUCGUCUCCUCAUUUUUCAAGUAACAGGAUGGUUUCUUUGUGCUCCCAAACUCUUCCGUGCGCUUUAGUUUCUACCGCCAUUUUGAAUGUGUUUUAUUAGACACAAUUGUUACACUACCUCGCGAGGUAGUUUUGUUAAACACGGUUUUAGACGUGUUUUGUCAAACGCGCCCGCAGUGUGAACGGCCAGUCUUAUUAAAUCUGUUUAUCAAAACAAAUUUUUAACAUGUUUAAGCUUUGGUGUGAACGGGGUAUUAGUCUAGAGCCACUUUUAAUCGAGUAUCGAAAUUAUUGCGGGAUUUCUUAGGGUUUGCUCUGCUUCGCUGUGUGAUGGUGUAGAAUAUUCGCCCCGUUUUCUAAACCAAUCAAAUUCAACACUUAAACCAAUUGCGAAUCGGUCAUUCGCGUUUUCCCGCGCUUCAGGCAACUUGAUUGUUUUCAGCUUGAGUUCUGAUUGGCUCCUUUUCUUUUGUCCUCAUUGGUUGUUGAGAUUAGUUUGGGUUUGUGACAAGUUAUGUUCCCACAUCGGAUAAGUGACACGUUGGAAAUGCAGGUCUUGAUGACUUUCAAUGAUACGUUCGAGAUUCACUCUGUUCGUUAUUAUUCUGGUGACCGCAGAAGACGCCAUAUACCUGGGAUGAUGAACUUUGCGAUGUUUUUAAAAUCAUUCCCUCUCUUUCUCUAUUUUUGUAGACAAGAGACGUUCUAAAAACCGGAAUUACGUUUUACAAAAUGUCUCUAGAAGAAAUUAGGGCAAAAUUUGGAAAUUCAGAGGUUUUUGUUAGGUUUUUUGGCCAUUUUGAUGAAGGAUAUUUCCAUACGUUUCAGAAAGUGUGAAUAUGCAAGUGUUGUGAUGAACCUCCUCAUUACAAGUCGAUUCUCGGAUAGUUUACUUAAAAUCUUGUUAGCGAUAGGCCCACUUGAUUCUUCGACUUGUUUACAAAAGCCUAUCGUGUUUGUUUGGCAGGAAAGAACAUUUUUCUAUAAACAAAGUUAUCAUUGAUGUCGCUUUUGUGGUUUCUGAAGCAUACACCAUGAAAUUUUUUAUAAGACGUUGAUCUCUUUGAGUGCUUCCCAUAUUGGAUAACGUUUAGCCUCGUCUACGUCUUCAAAACGUUGGAAAAAAACAAUGUUGGCCUGUAUACUGAAUUGCGUAUAGCCGAAACGAAUACUCUUGUUACUGAGCGACCCUCUCGUUUCUCUACCUUGCUGGAGCCUUUUUAAUGGAUUUUAGACUUAACAUUUACAGCCGGCACCAUAUUUUCUAGACUACCUAUCUUAAUCGUACUGUCUUUUCUUGAACGAGGAACCUAAGAGUACUUAAGGUUUUCGACCCAAGGAGACUACCUUGAAAAAAUGUUAAAAAAACAAAAAUAAAAAAACAAUUAAUCCGUAUUUGUGUUAAGGAGCUUUCCUCUGGCUUCGGGUGACUGUCUCAGGUUGAAGUCGUAGAUGAGCAUAGUAUUUCAGUCGGGAGAACACAGUGGCUGAGGGCUUCGCACGUGAGGUAUUGCAUGGCGGCACUUGACAUUUCCUCAGUACUAUGCACAUGAUUUGCAUGGUCCAAUCAGCUCAUCCGUUUGGCUUUUCUCAUCCUAAACCUCGCGUGCAGUGCAGGUGAUUCGCGAUAUCCUAUCAAAAUUCUCCACUUGGCUGUUUCUACCAUGAAAACUUACCUUACGUUCGCUCGGAUAAGCCUCAAAUAUUCAUUUUGAUUUCAUUCCGCUUCUCGUUGAGUUUUGAAACGAAAGAUACGACAAGACGUCGAUUUUUUUGUGUCUAUCAGUGACACAGUAGAAAUACUGUGGAAACAUUGCGAUUGCAGAAGUCGAAUCCAUGAACUUCUGAUCAGAUAGACUCAGGGUCGCUCUGCGAAAGAGCGAAAACGAAGGACAACCACAGGUAGUCCAAGCUCAAAACAUCAACGUCUGUGUUUUGUUGCGCGAAAUGCGCAAUAUAUACCGAGUAUUUACAUCCAUAAUAAAAAUGGUUGUUUAAGGUUCCCAAGUAGAAUUUGAGCGAAUGUUAAGAAAGCCUACCUUACCUUUUUUUUGUCAGUUUUCUCCUACGAAUUCGACCACUUUUGAGUUCUAUGUUGAACUAGUUUCUUCUUCCGUGGAAAGUGUGGCCUCUGAUAAUCGUUACAUUUUAAGCGCUUGCCAUUCUGUCGUAAGUGAAUAGGAAAUUUACGAGAGGGUUUCGCGGUUUUUUGUUUGUUGGUCUGUCUGUUUGUUUGUUUGUUUUUUGUUUUGAUUUUUUGUUCUUGAAGGCAAAUAAUAAAACAAGAAACAAACAAGGCAAAGAGAGCGAAAAAAAAAAUUUGGAGAUUAAAGCUUAUAAGUUUUGAUUUAAAACAUCUAGCAUCAAGAAAUUCUGUUAAAAACGUAAUUCUCCCUGGUAAUUGUUACCAUAUACUUCUGGCGGGUAGGUGCCCCCAAUAUUGCUAUUGCCAUCUGAUGAUUGGCUGAGUUUGGGCUGCCUGUGCAAGAGCAGUCGUUACUUGAGCUCUUCUGAAAAGCCGCUGCGAAGCUGUCUUUAUUAAUCACCAUGAACAACGAUACAUGACAAACUCAUCUAUCAUUACAUUCUCAUCUUUGUUCGAUACUCGUCGGUGUCACCUUUGUGGUCCUCUAAGUUGAUAAGUGUAAACUCUUAAGAAAGCUUUCCUCUUAGAGUGUUGUCAAUAUGAGAUCACGUUUAUCCCCUCUGUAGUUAAGAACCCUCGAUCAAACAAUGUUGGCUCGUGCUGUAAACAAAAAGCUAUUCAGAGCUAUUAGCUGAUGCUUACACGUACUUUGAGCAUAUUCUGUUGAGUAAUUUUUUCCAUCAAUCAAGCUGUGGUUACCAGAAAACCAAAUUUCAAACUAGAAAAACCGAACGCGCCCUUGAGUGCGGUCGUAAUCUCCAUAAGGCAGCCAAGCUAAAAGGGUUAACUUUUCCUUUCCUGUUAUUUGGGAGGCACGUAAUCUUUCGGAAAACAUCUUGUAAAAGAGGCACAGCAUGACCAGACAGGCUGGUUGCUGUCAGUCUUAUCCCGGAUUAGCAUUCACUAAUGUACUUCUUCCAUAGAUAAACGAUUAUUUUUUCUUGUUUAAUUUCUUAUUUUUAUUUUUGUAUUGUUUUGUUUUGUUUUGAAGUUUGUAUUCCUAUCUGGGUUCUCAAAGUACACAUUGUAAUAUUCUAAGUCGUUAAUCUCUUGUAUACCUUGGAGAGGAACUGGUAUGAUUCCUCUGCAAAGCGAUUUAUACAAAGAAAACAAGAGACCCUUUAAGUCUGGCGUGUAACGCUUUGUGCACGCAUACGCAGAUUUCAUUAGUGACAGGCUGAUGCUCUCGAAAAAGUUAUGUUGGACAUCAUCCUUACAAGUAAACAUGUGGUGUGAACGUGUCUAAGGAAGGACAAUUGAAAUCUUUGGGAGAAUGUGAUCUAGGAUUAAGUUUAAUUGGCUUUCCUAAAACUCAGAGCAACUGUGACAGAAAUAAAUAUUUGGCUGCAGACGACGAAAAGUGGUUUUUGGUUGAGCGACCGCACUGAUAAUUUUACCAAAAAAAGAUCAAUUGAGCAAAACGACGUGAAUGUGCGUUGUUUUGUUUCUGCCACUUUUUUCUGGUUAUGAUUCUGUGAAAAUUUGGCCGUUUGGCCGUUGUAGUUGGAUUGUUUCGUAGAGAUACUCUUCUUGGUACCUGCAUACAUUUUUCUAAAACAAUUUUCUCAGUUUGUGUUGCAAGAUACAGAUCCUCUUUUUAAAGAUUAUUUUUUAUGUAAUGUUUCUUAAUUUUUUUGAAUGCUCUUUUGUAUCGAACGCAAAACAGUAAGACAGGUUAGACAAAGAAAAAUGAUCAAAAUGUCACUUGUGCCCGUUUUCGUGGUACCUGUUCACCGUUUGUUAUUUCUAAGAAACUUUGAAUCUACCACUUCACGCGUCUUCGAAGAAUACGCGUUGGUAAUGAAAUAAAGGGGUACAAUUCCGUAGUAUUUAGACUUUUACUUAAAAAUCGUUUUAAUUUAAAACUUCGUUUUUUGCAUGUUAACGGUUUCAUAUUUUAGAUAACGUGCUUGGAUUGCAUAAUUAUUAGUUCCUUGUUGACGAAAAUGAACAAAAUGAAAUGCAAUUAACCUUGGGUCAUUUUCAUGUUUCACCAAAAACCAAUUCCGCGCGUUUGUGGUUGAAAAAAGCACGGUGUCUUUCAAGUGUACGGUGCCCUUGAGGUCGAAUGAGGUUCUCCCAAGAAAUUAAUUUCUUGUUGAAUUUUCAUUAAAAUUUUUCAACACGUUUUUCCAUUAUACCUCAUGAUUGUUUAGCCAUGUAUCCUAGAUCAGGGUGUGGUGAGUUGAGGCCCUAUUUGGACUUGUUAAAAACGUGAAGACAUACUUGGCAUGGUUUUUAAGACCUUCCUGCAUGUAACUGAUUAGUAUCAGGGCACUUUUACAUUCGCGAAUUAAUGUCUUAAACAGGAAAUGUACAUACGUCAGAGAAUUUAUUAGAGUUACACACAAAGCGAGGUAUUCUUUUGUUGACCUUCCGUUGACUUUGGCAUUGUUCCCACUUAAUUGGCACAACUUUUAAGCAAGUGGGGGCAAACUGUAACCGCAAUGUUUACAUGCGAUAAAUUGUGUCAUGUUCUUAGAUACAGGAAACAGUUUCCUGUCUUAGACAAACAUGCAACACAAGUUAGGCGAUAACAUGUAGUUUAGCACUGUUCUUGUCUUGCAUCGUCUAUGCUUAAUUUGAUUGAGGCCUCUUAAAUGUAGAUCAUUUGGUUUAAAUAGAGUAGAAAGUCAUAGAUUUGUGAUGAACAUGGGGCCAUAAUUGAGAAACCAUUUCUGGCGUGUCCCUAGCCGAAUUCCCCCCACCCCCACCCCACCAGGUGGUAGCUUGUUGGGUAUUUCCUAAUAUGUUCCCACGCGAGACUUGAGGCCUUCACUGUGAGACAUGUCGAUAACUUUGUCCCGCUUUUCACAAAUUUUUUGGCGCUGUUCAAGGAUGUUUCUUUGAUAUGUUGGAUCUCUCAACAGAGGUUGUAUCUUCGACAUGUUGAGCCGGACAAGAAGAUGCCCUACUUAUUAAAGAGAAGUCUAGAAACACACACAUGCAAAGCGUAUUAUGUCAUCAUAAAGCGGAAAAAUACUUUCAGACUUUGUUUGUUCUCGCGUUUUAUUCAUGUAUAGCGGAUCUACCCGCAACGUUACUUUUUGGGCCAAGCUUCCUUAGGUUAUUUAUUCUUCACCAUUAGCUAACUGUGGUUUAUUCCUUUUAAAGUCAAUUAAUCCAUACAGUUGAGACAGAUUCAUUGUUGUUCGUUUUGGGUUUGGCCCGAAUCAUCGAGUUGGUCUUUCUGCGGCUUACUUAAGAAUAGCGUUCAGAUUUUCAAAAGCGACCGGCGAAUUAAUCUUUCUUUAAAAAGCGUCAGUGGUGUUUUUUUUUUAGAAAAUUAAAUAAGGAACACGCGUGUGAAACUGCGAUGAAUUUGGCACUAGAUCCGCGGAAACGCUUAUAUCAUUGAUCCCAAGAGCUGCUGGAACUCUGGUCUAACUUGAUUAAAACAUCAGUUUGCUUUUACGAAAGCCGCUUUGAGUAUGCCGAAUCGGACGCAGCGCGGCGCAAACGGCCCAUAAUUAAUCGCGCCCCUAACUAGAGCUUUAAAAAAAUUUAGCUUUUUGUUCUAAGUAAUUAAAAUGCACUUUAUCUUUGACAAAUUGACACAAUUCGUUCACGAGAUCUAGAGUUGAAAUAGUCACACGUUGCUUUCAUGUGAAAGGACUGUAGCUUGACUAAGCCAGAUUAAUCUGGAAUUGCUUCGACGGUUUCUUUACGAUAGUAGUUGGUUUAUAAGUAAUCUAAUGUGAAUUCCUUGACUAUACUUAAGAAUCCUAGGACCACCCUCUGAAGAAACAUGGCCCAAUGUGAUCAAACUUCCAGAUUACAAGGUAACUGUCCAGUGUUCUUUCAUUUCCCUUCUUUCAUAAUAAACGGGCUGAUAACUCAUGUGUGUUUUACUUCGUGCAUUAUCAAAUAAAUCGCUUUUUUAUCUUUAUAAAUACUUUUCCUAGAAUUGAAAUUGCAUGAACAUCUUUUGUGGGUAAAUAUGAAAUAAGCUUUAUACAGAUAUAAGCGAUAAGAGAGUUGGACGUUGAUAUGGAGUGUCUUCCCUCUCGAGUUGUUGUCUACCUACUGGAAAAUUUCUGGCGAAAGCUGGCAAAGAUCCGAGACCUCUAUCUAGUCUCUCGUCCAGCUUAUACUAUUACGCUCGAGGGGAAACAAUCGAUCACUGUCAGUUGAAAGUAAAUUGUAAUCGGGGUUGAACUAAAAUGAUACACAGAAUAUGUCAAAAGUUUAGCGAGCUUAAGCUUUCCUUGUACAUCGAAAGGGCUUGCUUACUUAUCGUUGUACAUCUUGAUCUUCAAUUGUAAAGAAGCCUCCAUGAAUGAAAAGGUUUCAGUUUUCUGCCUUACGUAAGGAACUGACCAGCUUUAGGAAGGCUUUCCUCACACGUCGAAAGGGCCUGCUUGCGUAUCAUUGUUCAUUUUGGACGCAUUUGUAAUCGGUUCUUCAUAGAUGAAAGGUUUUCAAUUUUCUACGUGAGAAACUGCAUUAUCUAUGAACACUAAUGCUUGUUGUAAUGUGACACCAAGCUAAACAGAAAUUGAAGGCUAACGUUCAAGGAAAUAAGAAGGGAAAGAGGCAAAAGAAUAGGAAUCGUGCGUCACUUCCCAAAAGGUCACUUGAAAAUUGAAGAAAUUUCGCAACCUUUCAAUUACCCUCUUUGGGCGAAGUCAUGCAUUGCUCGAGAGCACUUUGUGCAGACUGUUCUAGAAAGUCAGGGACUUAGUCGCCACUUAAAGACUUAAUCUAUAGCACGCUUGAUAUUCUCUUAACUUGUCACAAAUAAGCAAAACAAAUGAUCAGGCAAAAAAUAAGACACAUGGAAUUCAAGACAUAUAUCGUUUAUUGAUCACGCACUUGGUUACUUUUCAGUAAUGCUUAGUUAUGCACUUAACACCUGAACUUUUGGCGCUGAGAACCUCUGACAUCUGAUAGAAAAUUAGAUUUACUCCUACGCAACAUUGCGAGAAUACUAAAGUAGAUUUUGGUCCGCUAACCUAACUAAUGAUGAAAUUCUUUGAGAUUUGUACGUGUGGCGAAAAGUUUACCAGCCAUUUCCUUCAGUUUGGCUUAUAACCGACACCGCUUUUUCAUGGCAAAGACCAGCAAACGCUUGUAAAUAUUCUUUCAAAUUCGCGGUAAGGUGAGAAAAUAAAUUUUUAAGCUAUGAAGUCCUCAUAAACCAAGAAAGCUUCAAAGAUCAUGGUUGACCUAGUGUUUAAAUAGGGUAUGUCUGUCCGAAAAGUGCAUUUGACGAAGCGUAACUGUGGACCUUUUGAAGAAUACAACUUAAAAAUAUAGAAUCUAAGUGAUUAACAAUAGGGGAGUUUUUGUUACUUUUCUAAGUUUUUCAUUUCCAUUGGUGAUGAGGAGGGCAAAAUUCGUAACUUGAAGCGCGAGUUGCAAGGUAGAUUAAACUGCAUUUUUACACGAUAAGAUUUAAAUCCAUGAAGUCCUUCUGGACAGGACGCUGUCCCAUAGCAAUCGCCUGACGAUAGCUAUGAAAACAGGAAGGAAACAUUGUCGUGGGAUUGUGACGGAGUUAACGACGGACAUUAUCGGUCCCGUUUCUUUUGUUUUUUUUUUUUUUACUUUCUAGGACUUUUCGCAUCUUCAAGGCGCCGGGGCCGUUUCGUUUGCUGUGGUUGUACCCAAACUGUCCGCUGCGGGAAGAGAUUUGUUGCAGGUAUGAAUUGAACACUACAUGAUUGUAACUAAAGGAUGGGAUUGCAAAAGGUUUUUGGUGAAUGAGUUUUGUUAUUCAGAUUUACCCACAUGGAUCCGUAACUUAGAUAGCCCUUCAACAUUCGCUAGACGAUAUCUUCAAUACCCUUACCGCAAAACCUACUGAAGACAGCAGAGCAAGUUUUUGUUUGCGUGUCAAAACAGUUUGGGUACAUUCUUCACCGUUCUUUUUACAAAUCAACGAGGUGAAUCCACCAAACUCUUCGUGCUAUGAGGACAUUGAAAAGUGACGGGAAACUUUUCGCUUUAAGUUAGAAAUUUGUCGCUUUCUCUAAAAGAUUAGUUGGAGAUAACCAAGGAAAGGAUAACGACAUUUUUAUCAGAUCUAAAUCGAUAUGAGAUCUGCAAUACAACUGAAUCCGAAGGCGUCGUCUACCUUGAUGUCCCUAUGAUCGUUAUCGUUCAGUCUAAAUCAUCUCUUCGAAGCCAACCAUUAUGAGUUUUCUCACACUAACAAAUGGCGAGGCACCGUUUUAAAAAAAUUAACUAGUGCAUUUUACUCUUAUUACUAUCAUUAUUUUGCACAGAUUUUACUCCCAAAGUUUAAAUGUUCCACCUUUGUUAUGUAGAUAAAGAAAAGCGGCGGAAAUUGUUCUCGCCCUUUUUAGUAAAAGCUUAUUUAUUUUAGAUAAUAAACCACGCAGUUUCGAAUGCUAAGCCAGUCCAAAAUUUUAAAAGCAGACUUAAGACCCCCUUUGUUUAACCCUACUGGCCGCCAUCUUGAAGCUGCGAGGCAGGCUGAGAACAACUGCCACGUCGCGUUAAGUGUUUUGCACUUGUUUUUGUCUUUGACCCGAGAUUUUCGUCCAUUUUUAUAUGAGAGUAAACAUGACAUGAUCAAACUUGCGUUCUCUAUAUGAAUUUUUUAAAUUAUCGCAUGCAAUAUAAGGUUAUCGUUGAGAUGACUUCUUGAUGAUAAGUGGAAUCGUUCAGCAUCCUAAGUUCUUUUAUGAGAUAAAUUUCAGCUUCUGAUAUUCUAAUGAAUAUUAGAAAACUAAAGAGGACCGUUGAAGAAAUUAGUCUUUAUUCCUUGAUUCUCGAAAGGUGAUUUCAAGGACUCAGAGGAAAGGCCGCUUUUUCGGUUUAUUGCUGAUCUCUGCCACAUAUUAGGGUCAACAAGCGUGUCCUAACUGCCAGGAUUAUUAUCAGGGUCGUAAGCGUCAACUUCUUCCAUAGACGUACAUAAAGUAACGCUUUAUGUCCGGCUUGUUAAGGAUCCCUUCUUUGAAAAUAAAUCAUGUUUUAUUCAUUUAAUCAAAGUUUUUUCGUAGGGGUAACAUUGUUAAAAGGAAUUUGGAAUGCUUGUUGAUUUUCUUAUCAACAUGUCAACUUUCCACAUCACUGCUCAAAUUAUAGAUGUAAAGCAUUUGUUUAAGUUCCUUUGUCUUCUCUCCCCUUAAAUUGACUACUAGCAUUUAUGAUGAGAGAUAAAUUUCACGCGUUUGUAACUUUUUUCUUUCUUCGACAUUUAAGAUUCCCACGUCCGUAAUGGCGUCCUGUGCAUCAGAAAUUUUCAGAAUGUGUUUUCAAGUUAUUUUAGUGAUAUUAACAGAUGUACUUUUUGUCAUAAGCAAAUAACAGGCCCUUAAAGUGUUGCUGUUGUUUUUAGUUUCACUAACAUAGCCCUGUCUUUUUGUCUUAGAAACUCUUGGUUCUUAAUCCAGCUCACAGAAUAUCAGCGGAAGACGCCAUGCGUCACACGUUUUUCGCCGACCUCAGCCCAACGUUUCGUGCCUGAAGCACUCAAUAGUGACAUCAUUAUCUAAACAGACUACACGAAUUUUAUGAGCAGUCAUAUGUUCUUCCAAUAGAAAAUGAAAUCCUAUCGUAAUCAUAUUUUAUGUAACCUCAUCAAUGUGUACAUAAAUGUGCAAUAAAGUUUUAUCAAUGAACAGAAUGAUUGUUGUUUGCCUGUGUUAUCAUUACUGGCGAAGUCUUCUUCUGAGAACAGUUCGAAUGCUAUCCGUUUCUCCCCUGAUUUCAAAUAUUCCUCACUACAGGGAUAAUUUUUAGAAUGUUCUUAAUCUUAGAGUUUGACUUGCUCGCAAAUUUGCCUUCUCGUAUUUAUAAACGUAUUUAAGGUAGCACUUGUAAUACUUAUCGGAAGGCGCGAUAUAUUUC